UUUCGUAGCAGUAAACAUUCCGUUUAUCGCUGCCGUUGAGGGAAGAUUGUGUAAUGAAAGUUUCAACGUUUGCUUUAGUGGUCUUGGCAGCCGUUGCUGUGCAUGCUGAUUCAACGGAAGAAGCAUGGCAGGCGAAGCAGAUUAUUCCAUAUGCUGCAAAAUUGUUUGCUUUAAAUCAAUCGAAUAGAGUUCCUGGAUUGGAGAAAAUUAUCGGUGGCCAUAAAGUAGAUGUAACCAAUUACCCAUAUCAGCUGUCAUUGAGAAGCCACGACAAUCAUAUUUGUGGUGCCUCGGUUAUCUCCAUGCACUGGGCUUUGUCGGCAGCGCAUUGUGUCUUCCCUCAGCGAGAAGUGCGUACAAUUUCAUUGCGCGCCGGAACUGGUGAUCGACAGUCUGGUGGAAAAAUUUUCAAUGUGUCACAAAUUGUGAUCCACCCUCAAUACAAUCCUUCUAUGUUUGACAACGAUGUGGCUGUCCUGCGCACGUCCACAGCACUUGUCGGUCUGAAUGUGAGACCUAUUCUAUUGGUACCGCAAGGCUAUGAACCAUUCGCAGGAGUCCGAAGUCUAGUCACAGGGUGGGGUAGAACGCUGGUUGAUAACGGACUACCCACGGAGCUACAUGCUGUUGAUAUCCCGAUAGUGUCUAGAAGCGCGUGUGCUAGUUAUUGGGGUACAAGUCUGAUAACGAAUAACAUGAUAUGUGCCGGCCAACAGGGACGUGAUUCUUGCAAUGGCGAUAGCGGUGGCCCUUUGGUUUCCGGUGGCCGCCAAAUCGGUCUGGUUUCGUGGGGAUCAACGGAUUGCGGUGGACCCUUGCCAGCUGUUUAUACACAUCUCGGGCAGCCGUCAGUGAGAAGAUUCAUCAAAACGAUAACUGGAGUGUAAACCGUAACCUGAAAUGAAAUAAACUUUACGCAUCAUCAACACU